AUGUUCUUUCGUGAUUUUUUGUUAACGAUUAACACUAUCUUGGUUUUGUCAAUUUUUGCUCAACCGCGCAUUCAUGCUAUACUUCACAAAAGUUCUGACAUUCAUUUUAAUUGCUCAAGCUUAUUCCACCAAACUGUUUACGAAAGCUAUUUGCUUUCAGAAGGCGAUGGACUUGUGUUAAGUUGCAAUGUGUGUUCCGGAUACUUUAAAGAUAAAAAGACUUGGGAGCAUGGCGAUGCCAAAUAUGAUCUGUUCAUUCAGAGGCCGGAAACAACUAGUGGUCAAGGUCUUGGUACCAGUGAUAUUAAUUUAUCUGUAGCACCGUAUCCUACCUCACUGGAACGUAUUCGUCUAAGGUUGCGUAAACGAAUUUGGCAAAACAUCUCUUCGCUUUCGAGUGCUCUCCCUCUGUUUUAUGAUGUUGGUCACUUGAAGGCAGAAGUUGCUCCAGAAGCUGACUUAAAAGCACGAAAUUUGUCAUCACUAUAUUUUACGGUUACUAAACCUGGUCAACCAACAUUUGUGAUAAAAACAAGUACAACAAGUACUCGUCUUAGUGAGAAUAUUCUCCGCAUAAAAUGUGCAAACACUGAGCACACAGGAAUAUACAGAUGUAUUUUUAAAGGAGAAGUAAUUAGAGCAUGGUCUGUAACAGUUUUAAAACCUGGAGACGAACCAUUCCGAAAUUUGUUUUCACAGCUGAAAAUUAUUCAAAGAAAACCAGAACUAAUUUCAGGAAAUACAACCAGUGAUGAUGAUAACUUAAAAUCCUUAGCUGCACAAUAUUUGAUCAACAAUAACUUGAAACUAUAUACACACUGGAAUUCAUGGUCAGAUUGUGUGCCAUGCACCCCAAAAGAAGACUUUUCAUUUACUCGAGAGAUAGUAAAAAGUGGCAUGCAAAUAAGAAUAGGUAUUUGUCAUGUCACACCCAUUGAUAUAUUCUACUCAAUCAGACCUCACAUGUUGGCUGUUGAAACUGAAGAAGUUUUAAAAUUGUUCAGUGGACCUGGUUUGCCUUGCCGUUCUCACUUAAUUAGGAAUUCGAUGUUAAAAUACGGACCAAAAGAAAUUAAAUUGAGACCGAGUGAACUAAUGAUAAGAUCAUGUAUAAACGAAUGUCCAAGUUUUAGCAAUAUUACUACGUCGUUAAAAUCAUCUUCCAAUAAACUGUCACGUUUUCCUAAACGAAUCACAAUACAAGUAAAUGAAGGUGAACCCCUCAUAAUCACAUGUCCAAUAAGGGGUUUCAUAGAAAAGCCAAUAAUCUGGUUAUAUGCACCAGAUAAUUUUGAUGAGCUAAUGAAAUUAAUUAAAACUGCAUAUAAUUACACUACUAUCAUUCAACAUAAAACACCAUCACGAUAUCUAAUUACUACAUUAAAACAAGUCAAUUUUACAACAUUAAUACAUGAAACACGUGGACGAUAUAGAAUUGAUCCAGCUUAUAAUAUUAUUGUAGCUGAAACCAUAUCAGUAAAGAAGACAAAGCAUAAAGAAUUACAUAAUUUAAUAUGCAUACAUGGUGAUCCGUACUCGAUUCCCAAUGGUUCAGAUAUUUAUCCUGAUUGGUCAGGUAUAAUUUAUAUAGAUGUUUUACCACAAAAUUAUUUAGCAAGGAUUUUAUCAAAGCUAACACCAGUUAUUCAAAUUAUAAUGCCGUUUAUUUUAGCAUUAGGCAUAUUUUUUAUGAUUAUACUCACUUUGUACACUGAAAGGCAACCAAAAAUGCGUUUAGCUGCCAAAGGUUUGGUAAUUAAAUAA